AUGGCCCCCAAAACGCACACGUGGAUAACCGCUUGGUUCCUACUAACUGCCCCGAUUAUCGCUUGGGAUGUGGGGUAUUGCUUUUUUACGACCUCGGUCUAUGGAGGUAAGCACCCCCACACCAAUUUGACGGGCGUUGAAAGCGGACAGGGCGGAGACCUGCAUUGGAUUUGGAAACCGUAUAGCAUCUACCAGCGUGUAGACCUCGUAUACGGCGUCGAGGCUUUGGAAAGAGGCGAUGGCUUUACCAAUGCUCAAUCUCUACUCAACGUCAUCGAGACUUUGUUGAAUGUUUUGUACGUCUACCUCGCUCAUGUUAAAGCAUGGCCACCAGCAUCCCUCGUUGGCCUAUCCGCAGCAACCAUGACGUUGUCUAAAACGGUCCUCUACUGGGUGCAAGAGUACUUCUGCAACUACUGUGCAGUUGGCCACAACACGAUGUACGAUGCCAUUGUUUAUUGGAUUAUUCCAAACGGAUUUUGGAUUGUCGUGCCUAUCUUUAUUGUCAAUCGUCUCAGCAGGGAUCUUGCUGCUGAGCUCAACUUUGCGGCCAAGGCUGCUGCGAAAUCCAAGUCCAAGUAG